AUACUAAUAGUAAUAGGUCGACAGACUUAAAAGGGCUACAAGGACUCUCUCUCUUAAACGCUCCAACUUCUCUCUAGCUUUAUAAAAGUGAUAUCGUUUCCGGUGGCCGGUGAGCAACUCGCCACCGGUCGCCACCCCUUUUCUUUUGUCUUUUGUUAAUGUUUGUAUCAUAUUAUAUCUAUCUUCCGUUGCGGAUAUUAUCUUCGCUAGGCGAUUUUGCGGUGUUUCUCAAGUCAAUCGGAGCUGUGUCUACUUGUUCUCUUUUAUCUCUGUUUUGGCUUGAGAUUAAUAAACUUCUGGUCUUUUUGAUCAGAGUUAUGUUAAGCUUCAUCUCUCCUGGAGAAUUUGGACUUAUCCCGAUUGUCUCUUUAUAUCUCUUUCUUUUAGCUGGGUAUCCUUGAUCUUUACUUCAGAUGAUAUCAAUCUUUGCUUCCAAAUCUUAAGCAAAGUACUCAAAAGAGGUUAAAGAUUGAGUUUUGCAUGUUCGUCUUCGCGAUCUAUUCCAGUUAAAAAAGAGUUGAAGCUUGCCGUGUGCGAGUGUUUCGACGAAGACUGGUUUGAAAUCGAUUGAAGCGUCUUGGAGUUCAUCACAUCUGGCGAGGAGGAUUAGAUAUGUGGAGGCAUAGGUGGUUAAGAGAGUGAAGCAUCAAAUUGGUGUCAGAAAUAGAAGCUUGAAGCUUCUGAAAGAAGGACAAAUCUAAGCAAAAAGAUGAAGAAGAUAGGGAAGCGUCAUGCUCUAAAAUAGAGUUACAGCACGCGGUCUUUCGUGGUCUAGACAGUGAAAAAUGAAACCAAACAAAACAAUUCAACCUUUGAAAUGAAAUCAAUGACCCUUUUUCCCUACGUGAAACGCAAAAGGGUAUAACCACUUAACUUUUUGUCUUGCCUGCAAAAAAUCCAUGGGUGUCAAUUGACCCCCCUCAUUACCCUCUACCUCCGCCCCGUAUCAUAACCACGACCCAAGCCCACGGCAAAAUCUGAGGAGCUUACCUUCGUAUUAGUAGGCGUUCUGUAUUCUCCUAUUUGGGCUUAAUGGGCUUUCUAUUUCACUCCUGUUGGGCGUUUACAUAUGACCCAAUUUAUCUCACCUUCGAAACGCUGCGUAUCGUCUGUCUUCUACUUCUAGUCUUUCGUCACUCGACGUUCUCUGUCGCCGACAGGUUUAUAAUCCUCCGGCGAGCAAAACCAUUGUUCCUGUAGACGAAACCACUAUUCCGAAAAGCUUUGCUGCUGUGUUCUGGCUUCUACUCAAUAUGUCGAUCAGAGUUCUCAACAAUCAAUCAAGAUUUGUAUCUGCAAAGCUAUAUAGUACAAGUGGACAAGUCAUUGACGUUGCGGAAGUAACAAAGAAAAUAUCCAAAGUAAUGAUGUCUUCUCCCCAACAGGUUCUCGAAUCAGCACUAGACCAAACCGGCUUAAGGGUCUCACCAGAAGUAGCAGAAGACGUCCUCAACAGAUUCAGGAACGCUGGUCUGUUAGCAUACAGAUUCUUCCAAUGGUCCGAGAAGCAACGCCACUACGAGCACAGCGUCCGUGCCUACCACAUGAUGAUCGAAUCCACGGCCAAGAUAAAGCAGUACAAGCUCAUGUGGGAUCUCAUCAACUCGAUGAGGAAGAAGAAGAUGCUAAACGUGGAGACCUUUUGUAUAGUGAUGAGGAAGUACGCGAGGGCGCAGAAGGUGGACGAGGCGGUUUACGCGUUUAACGUGAUGGAGAAGUAUGAUUUGGAACAGAAUCUUGCGGCGUUCAAUGGUUUGUUGAGUGCCUUGUGUAAGUCCAAGAACGUGAGGAAAGCUCAGGAGAUAUUCGAGACGAUGAGAGAGAGGUUUGUGCCUGACUCUAAAACUUAUAGUAUAUUGCUUGGUGGAUGGGGGAAAGAACCAAACUUGCCUAAGGCGAGAGAGGUCUUCAGGGAGAUGAUUGAUGCUGGUUGCGAGCCUGAUGUAGUGACUUACAGUACAAUGGUUGAUAUAUUGUGUAAAGCCGGAAGAGUAGAUGAAGCUCUUGGGGUUGUGAGGAGCAUGGAUUCAAGGAUCUGCAAGCCGACGAGUUUCAUCUAUAGUGUGCUUGUGCAUACUUACGGAACAGAGAACCGUCUUGAAGAGGCUGUGGAAACGUUUCUAGAGAUGGAGAGAAGUGGUGUAGAAGCAGAUGUAGCGGUUUUCAACUCGUUGAUAGGCGCGUUUUGCAAGGCGAAUAAGAUGAAGAAUGUGUACAGGGUUUUGAGAGAGAUGAAGAGUAAAGGCGUGACGCCUAACUCAAAGUCAUGUAACAUCAUUCUACGCCAUUUGAUAGAAUGCGGUGAGAAAGAUGAAGCGUUUGAUGUGUUUAGGAAGAUGAUCAGAGUGUGUGAGCCAGAUGCGGACACGUACACGAUGAUGAUAAAGAUGUUUUGUGAGAAGAAAGAGAUGGAGACUGCUAAUAAAGUGUGGAGGCGCAUGAGGAAAAAGGGUGUUUUUCCGAGUAUGCAUACUUUUGCUGUUCUAAUUAAUGGGUUGUGCGAGGAGGGUGAUACUCAAAGGGCUUGUGUUUUGUUGGAGGAGAUGAUUGAGAUGGGGAUUAGACCAUCAGGUGUGACGUUUGGGAGAUUAAGACAGCUGCUUUUGAAAGAGGGUAGAGAUGAUGUGGUCAAGUUUCUUAAUGAGAAGAUGAAUCUUUUGGUCAAUGAGCCUUUGUGUGAUUGACAAGUACGUCUCACAAGUCACAACAGCUGGUUCGAUGUGUUAGUAGACAUGUUUGGUUUUGUCUGAUUGGCUCAGGAUCCAUCUCAAUUUUUGUAAAGUUGUAACUGAAGUUGAAACCAGCAGAUUGUUACGGUUCAGAUUGUAAACUAGUUUUGAUCCUUUGGUUAGGCAUGCGGUUAUUAACCGCGAACCUGCCGAACCAAACUAAGAUGUUCGGUUUCUGAUUCAGUUUGGUUAAGAGAUUCGGUUCAGUUUA